AUGAUGAAAAACAAGCGCCGUCUGAUGAGAGGCGAUCAAGAGCAAAAACGCCGUUACAAAAGAGCAACUAGGCCAACUUUGGAUGGUACCUCCGUAGCGACAUGGGGCGGCUCGAGUGAAUCCAAUCCAGGCGCCUCGACUGAACUCACUGAAGCAAGCUCCUUACCGAUAUCCGGCAGCUCGAGUGAAUCCAGUCCAGGGACCCUGAGUGAACUCAGCGAGCAAGUAGUUUCAAGAUUGAGGAGGAGUGUUGUGUCGCUUGCUUCAUUCGAUGGUGAUACCAAAUUACGCGAAUGCACAGGCACAUGCAUCGAAAGCUCAUGUCCUGAUGCCACGUGUUUCCUGACAUCGAUAAUUUUGAUUCCGUAUACUUGCCCUAGAAGGAAGAUCACUGAAAGUUUGACGAUUAAAGUGCGCCUUCCCGAUGAUCAGAUUGUCACUGGGUGGAUAGAUAAUCCUGAGUUAUAUGUUCAUUUUUUCAUCAUCAAAAUCAAGAACGUUGAUGUUAUUGAUCCCACCCAUCUAUAUCAUCUAAGUCUUGAUCGUGCCACGCAGUUUGAGCCUUAUAGGAAGGUAGCAGCUGUAUGGCGCUAUUAUGAUUCAGGAGAAUUAAAUACCAGAAGCGGAGUAGAUCUCGCCUCUGUAUUUGCUCGUACCGAUGAGAGGAUGUUAAGCACAUGCCGAAUCCAUGAGGUGGGGAUUGGAGGUCCCCUUGUUGAUUUUGAUGGCAACUUUGUUGGGAUGAACUACUCUGGUACCAAAGAACGAAAGACCCCCUAUGUACGAAGGCCUUCAAUUCGUGAAUUCAUGUGGUUUCGCGGGAUGGUCAGUGUUAACGAAGAGGUUGACGAAGCUGCAAGUGCAAGAAUUAAAAUUCGUUUUGGAGACCCAGGUCUCCUCGUGGCAGCAGGCGGGCAAUACAUAAAUCUUCUCGAUGAUAUGUUCAAGAAGGAUAUCUUGAGGAAACCAUUGGGAGGUUUUGGUUUAGAAAUGGAUCGGAGUGCCUACUCACUUGCUUCAGAAUCAAGCAAACGUCUUGCUUCAGAAAUGGAUCGUAGUGUUGUCUCACUUGCCUCAUUCAAUGGAUUUGCAAAGAAGUUUUCUUGCACAGGUGUAUUUGUAAAGGGCAAAAAAUGCUCUGCAACAAUUCUGACUUCAGCAAGUUUGGUUAGAGUUCCUGGCAGUGCACACAUGAUUGAUGAUAACUUAUGGAUUGAAGUUUGCCUUCCAGGCGGAUUUCGAGUUGUAGGGAUAUUGAACUGUUAUAAUUUACACUACAAUGUUGCUCUUGUUGACAUCAUGGGAUUCUGGCGUCCUCGCACAAUAAAAAUCCAUGGGCAUCCAGUUACCUCAUCUAUGGACGUAAUAGCUAUGGGUAGUCUUUUUGCGCGUCGCAAACUAAUGGCUGUUGAGGGGAAGGUGUUGAUUGGCAAACAAAGCAAACUUGAUUGCAAAGAACUUUGUGUUUCCACCUGUGUAAUCACCAAGGCUGGGAUUGGGGGGCCUCUUAUUGACAAUGACGGGAAUUUUGUUGGAAUGAACUUUUAUGAUGAGGAAGAAACUCCGUUCCUGCCGAGGGAUGUUAUUCACCGCCUCUUAUUGAACUUCAAUAAAACACGUUUCACGGCUAGUGCAGAUGAUACUACUGUCGAGGGUGUUGAAACCAGCAACAGAUGGAUGUUUCCUGGUGGGACACACGGAAACACUGAAUCUAUUGCAGCAACUGAUGGAAACAAAUGGCCGUUGCCUGAGCCACGCUACGUCGGUCGUAGGGACAUCCAUUUGCCACUUCAGAAAUGGCCUCUGGGUCGCCGAAGGCCUCUGCCUGUGUGA